UACGUACUUUUCAGAAAUUCCUUUCACUGUCCCAGAAACGUGCAUCGCUUCUCAUUUUCAUUCAUUCUCUCUAUUAUAUAACACGGAAUAUAUACAUCAAUACAGAGCCAUUUCUGUCUCUCUCUUCCCUUUGAGGUUUCUGAUCAGUAAUAUUCCCAUUCUUUUAAAAGCAGAAGCUCAAGAAAUGAAGAAAUAUAUCUUGAAGUUGGACUUACAAGACGCAAAAGACAAGAGGAGGGCCCUAAAAACUGUUUCCACUGUGUCAGGAAUUGACGAAAUUACAAUCGACGUGAAGGGGAAAAAAUUAACAAUCCUAGGAACGGUUGAUCCUGUGAGCGUGGUGAGCAAGUUGCGCAAGAAAAAUUUGCCAGCAGGCAUUAUCUCUGUAGGACCGGCAAAGGAGCCCCAGAAGAAAGAGGAGCCAAAGAAAGAAGAACCAAAGAAGGAGGAGCCGAAGAAAGAUGAAGCCAAGGGAGAAACAAAGAAAGAUGACCCAAAAAAGGAAGAAACAAAGAAAGAUGAACCGAAGAAAGAAGAAGAGAAGAAGGCAGAGCCGGCCCGGGCCCUAGCACCAGCACCAGCCCCAGUUCCGGCUCCGGUACUGGCACUGGCACCGGCGCCGGCACCAGAACCCGUGGUAGGCACAAUUACGCCAUAUAGACCGUAUUAUCCUCCAAUGCAUAUGCAGUACUACGUGCACCCCAGCAUGGAAGAGAAUCCAAAUGCGUGUAUAAUCUGCUAGUUGGUUUCCAUAAUACAUGAACCUUUUCUCUUCUUUUUGUUGGUUCUGUGAACUGUAUAUCUCCUUGAUGACUGUAUAUUCAGUAUUUUGUGAUGUGUAUAGAACUAAAUAAAGUUCUGUUCAUCAUUUUGGUGUUUUUCUUUCAAAUCCUUUCAACUGGUGUUCUUUCC